UGGACACAAGCCCACGUGCGUGUGUGGACCUGGCAGAGGCUUCACACCCAGAGGCUCUGCACCUCAGAGGGUGACCCUCGGCCAAGCCAGGCGGUUGGCUGGACUGGGUGCCACAGAGGGUCACAGAGGGGCGGGGCCUGUCCGAGUACAUAGAGCAGACGCCAGAGGCCAGAACACCGUGAGCCACCACUAGGCAAGCAGGAGAGAUGGCCCCUCCCUGCUGGUCCUGAUGUCACAGGAUUCAAGCUGGACUGCUCCACUCCAGCUGGGCCCAAGGUCGCAAGGGAGGCCCCGAGGGCAGCGGGGUGGGGGUGUGAGGGUUCAAGAGCCUGCCCGGGCAUUCUGGAGCAGGGCUGGGCAGGAUAUCCUUCUGGCUCCCCAGCGCAGGGCGGGGCAGGACUGGGGCACAGAUCCGUGAGCCCCAUCCUGCCCAGUGUGUGGACGGCAGGAGGCUGGAGCAGGCUGGCCCUACAGAGCAGACUUGGCAGCAGCCUGUGGGAGGGGACUGGUCUCAAAUUAUCAGAAGGACACCUCCACAGCCAGUGGGCAGAGUUCUCAGUGUGCAUCUCGCCCCCCAACCCCGGUGGCGGGCAGGCUUUACCUGCUGUGCCAUCAGAGCCUUUUGCUAGUCCCACAGUACUGGCACCCCAUGCCUCAUGGGCCCAGGGCUCAGGAAGGUGGUUUCUGCUAUUUGCAAAUGUUCCUGGAGCACUUAUUUUGUUUUCUAUGUCAUCUUCUCAUCCCCCCUGCGAGGGGAGCGCUGCGUUUAUCCCAACUCUAGAGGCAGAUACUGCAGCCAGAGGUCAGGGCUGCAGCCACAGACCCCUCAGACCCCUGGGGCGGGCUAAGAGGCUCCUGGAAGAACCAUCUGAGCUCCCACCCCUGUGCUCCCUCUUCGAGCCCAGGGCUCACCUUCCCUCCAGCAGGCCCUGUAUGAACAGUUGGGGCUGGUCCCUGCCCUGCUGGGAGGCUGGGGGGAGAAGGAGCCCGGUGCCCUGGCACAGGAGGUAUGAAUGUUGGAUGUCGCUGGGAUGGGCGUGUGAGGGGCGCCAAUGAGGCCAGCAGGCUGGGGCUCAGAGCGGUGCCAGCAGAGGCAGACGGGGCCUGGGGGCAGUGAGUACAGUUUGAGGGGGGCUGGGGAAUGAGGAAGAGGAGGGCUGAGUUGGGGAGAGUCAGGAGCUUGGCUGGGCCAAGACCCUCCUGGCUCCAGCCACGGGGGCAAAGUCCCCCCCUCUGGUCCCACACACAGGGUGCACCCUCUGCCAGGAACACCACCCCAUACCACACCCUCCACGUGGCACACAGGCUGCCAGGCCCCCAGGAGUGCCCUGCUCCAUGCCCUUGCCAAGGUGCUCCCCGUCUUGGGCUGCUUUUUUGUAUGGCCACCUGCCAUGGUCACAGCAGCGGACCUGGUGUCCACAUGACCCCUGAGCUCUAAGUGCUGUCCCAGCCACCUGUCUGACCUCUCACUUGGAGGUCUGGUGCCAGUCCCCCAGCUCUGCCCCUGCCACCUCCUCCUCCUGUUCCGGCCGAAACCUCCUCUCCCUCCUCCUCGUCUCCCUCACCCAGAUCCUGUCAGCCAGCUUUUGCUCUUUCUCUUGGUCCAAGCCACCAUCUGCUUUGGGGUGAUGGUUCCUGGAGCCCCGUCUCCAUCCCUGCAGCAAACACUGGCGGAGCACUCGUGGCAACAGCGAAUAAAGCACAUGCGCCCAACCCUGAGGCUGACAGCCCAGUGGGAGGAGGAGGCAGGGGAACUCAACCCCGGAAGCAGUGAGGGACGCCCGUGCGUGGGGAAGAGGAGGGGCUACGGGCUCACGGGGGCCGGGGGAACUCUGCCACCUUAGAUGAGGGGCCCCAGCACCCCCGGCUGAUCCUCAGCACGGGCAGGAAGAACCCCUUGGAGACCAGGGCCCCGCACCUGCCCACUGUCCCCUCCCGCCUGAGACCCUACCCUGACGAUGCUCGGCGCUCAGACGGACGGACCGUCCACCCAGGCCCCGUGGUCCCUGCUGUGUCCGCAUGGCCUAGGCCAGCCCGCACAUGACGAGGGCUGUGAAUUCCUCCCUGCCCUGGCCCAAAGAGCCAGAUGAAGACCCCUUACGCAACGCAACGGAACUUGAGCCCUGGGGCUCCCGCAGGCCUCGCCGGUAUUAGCAGGAAUCCCACCCUGACCUCACCAGCCGACCCUCCUGCAGCCAGAAUCCCGCUAAGUCAGUUUAGCGAGAAUUCCCCACCCUUUAUCUCCUCUCGCCACCCUCCCUCCUCCCUACAGCACAUCUCCCAAUAAAGUCUUCCUCCCAUCUUAACAAGCUUCAAAAUAACUUUUUCUGAAAUAUGCCCCACCCUGCCCCAAACCCCAGGUGCCCGGGGAUAAGGUGUUGGGAGGGAGGGGCCUACUGGGGCCUGGAAGUGUUUAAAGCUUGUGGGGCCGGAGCAGAGCUGGCUGCAAGCAGACUUGACCUCCCAGGCAGGUCAGUGGCCGGGGCGGGGGGGAGCCGGGCCACUAGGGCUGCUCCUGUGCUGACACAUUAACUCGCUGAGGCCAGGAGGAGGGUGGAUGGUCACUCAUUACCGAAGGCCAAGGCCAAGGGGCUGGGUGGUGUCCGGUCACUUAUGUAACCUGUGGGCAUAUAUAGGGGCACACAGGCCUGGGGCGGGCUUGCCCACUCGCCGGCACUGCCCCCUCUCAGGAUGAAGGACCCAGACCCUUCCCAGGUCUGUCGGCCUGAUAUGGACCCAGAGGCGGCCGAAGACAAGGGCAGCUUCCGAAACUACACGUCUGGCCCGCUGCUGGACCGGGUCUUCCGCACCUACAAGCUGAUGCACACGUGGCAGACCGUGGACUUCGUCAGGAAGAAGCACGCCCAGUUCGGGGGCUUCUCCUACAAGAGAAUGACUGUCUUGGAGGCCGUGGACAUGCUAGACGGGCUGGUGGACGAGUCCGACCCCGACGUGGACUUCCCCAACUCCUUCCACGCCUUCCAGACGGCCGAGGGCAUCCGGAAGGCCCACCCUGACAAAGACUGGUUCCACCUCGUCGGGCUCCUGCAUGACCUGGGGAAGGUCCUGGUUCUGGCAGGGGAACCCCAGUGGGCCGUCGUUGGAGACACCUUCCCUGUGGGCUGCCGUCCCCAGGCCUCUGUGGUUUUCUGCGACUCUACCUUCCAGGAUAACCCUGACCUUCAGGACCCUGUCUACAGCACAGAGCUUGGCAUGUACCAGCCCCACUGUGGGCUCGAGAAUGUCCUGAUGUCCUGGGGCCACGAUGAGUACAUGUACCAGAUGAUGAAGUUCAACAAAUUCUCCCUCCCAGGGGAGGCCUUCUACAUCAUCCGCUUCCACUCCUUCUACCCGUGGCACACGGGCGGCGACUACCGGCAACUGUGCAACGAGCAGGACCUGGCCAUGCUGCCCUGGGUGCAGGAGUUCAAGGCUCCGACCUGCCGGACGUGGACGAGCUGCGGCCCUACUACCAGGGGCUCAUUGACAAGUACUGCCCCGGUGUCCUGUGCUGGUGACCGGCCUGUCCACCUGCCCAAGCCUGGCUGGGUACCCCGGGUACCCAGGGAUGACCCACCGCGGCCUUUCCAGGGGUCCCCACAGGCCCACCUGCACUCCCUGCCCGGUUGGCCCCCAUCCCCAGGGGCAAUAAAAGCCUCGAAACAGCUGGUGAGUCCGACCCUCAUUGAGGCUGAGGCUCCCUGCGGUGGAGCACUGACUGCGGGUGGAGUCCUCCCUCUUGGGCUCACUGUCCCGCUGUUCCUGUUGCCAUAAACAUCUUGCUCACCCUCCUGGGGUCGCCCUGCUCUCCUCUGCAUUCGCGAAACCGGCACCAAGGCCUCUGGGCUCAGUCCCCUCUGAGAACACAGAGCAAACAGAACACAGCAGGAAACGUCAUAUCAUAAACACAUGCUCCUUGCUCCCAUCCUGACCCAUGAAGACACCCGCACAUCUCCACGGGCCCCAGGCGAAGCCUCUGCUUGGCUGACGGGUCUCCCCCUUUGCCUUGUGUCUGCAACCCACAAGCACACACCCUCAAAGCUGCAGCAGUCCAGCCGCAGCUUUCCCACCACUGGCUCUUUAUUUCUUGGAAGAAAGUGGAUCAUUUGUCUAGGAA